CUUUAUAAGUACUAGUAACUUAUCUUGGAUAUAUGUUGAAUCCUAAAGAAUGAGUGAAAUGGAGGAGAGAGAAAUAGAGAGAAGAGAAGAAAUUCCACUGUUUAGUGAGAAAACAAAAUUGGCUCAAAAAUCAGCCAUGGCUAAUCGAUGGGAAGAGUUUAAGAAAAUAAUGAAGGAAGACAAGGAAAACUUGCUCAAGUGGUUUGACCUAUUUGGGAACAACGCCAUCCACGUUGCAACUCGCUCUAACAACCCUAAACUCCUCAAAGAACUAAUAGAAAUGGUGCCUAUAGAAGAUAGGUGGCAAGCCAUGUACAUGGAAAAUCGUCAAGGGAACACGAUUUUGCAUGAGAUUGUGUUUUGUAAAAAGGUGCAAAUGGCUGAUGUUGUGUUUGAGAAGGAAGAUGAGUUGUUGCAACAAGAAGAAGAAGUAGAAGAUGGUGUAGAAAAAAGGGCAUCAUUAAUUGAGCACAAAAACCGACGAGGUGAAACCCCUUUUUUCAUGGCUGCCAUGUACGGAAAGCUAAAGAUGCUAAAGCACAUGGCAAAUCGUAUAGCCACACAUAAUAUGGGAAAUUUUCGAAAACAUCUACAUAGAUCUGAAUAUUGUUCUGCUCUUCACGCUAGUGUCAUUGGUCAAUAUUUCGAUGUUGCAAUUUGGUUAGUAAGAAUGGAUAAAGAACUUGCACUUGAAAAGGAUGAGAAAGGAUCAACAUGUCUUCAAUUACUUUCCAAAAUGCCACAGGUUUUUCGAAGCCAUGCUCACAUGGGACUAAUAAAGAGCCUCAUAUAUACAUUGCUUCCUGAUGAUGGAUAUGAAAUUGAAGACGGUGAAACUCUUUGCUUGUUUAAACAUAAAACAGAUUUAGAAAAUGGUAAAAUAGAUGAAAGGAAACUCCCUAAAUCAGUUAUUUCGAAGAUCAACUACAAAUUCUGGAAACGCUUAGCAACAGAGUUUGAAGGGCUUGAUCAUAUGUGGAAGCAAAAGAAAAAACAUAAGUUAGCUGAAAGUCUAGCAAAUAUUUUAGUGCAAUAUGAUUUAUCCUGGCAAAUAUCUCAUAAUGACCAUAAAUGGAUAACAUUGAUUACAAUGCCACAUCUUCCUUUCAAUGUGGCCAAAAGGAGAAGGUUAAGUGAAAGUAAGAGGCAAGAGAGACAUAAGGUUGAUAAAGAAUCUCUUCAUGAGCGAAUACCAUUACUCAUGGCAGCUAAAACGGGAAUCAUAGAAAUUGUUGAAAAAAUCCUUGAAGCGAAUCCUUCAGCUAUCUUUCAUGUUACUAAACAUGGGCAGAACAUAUUGAACAUGGCUAUCCAAUAUCGUCAGAAAAAGGUUAUUCGAAUCAUUAGAAAAAAAGGUGCACUUGAAUCCUUGUUUCCUCAAAUCACAGACAAAGGUCGCACAAUCUUGCACGAAGUUGCAAGGAUGGACUAUUACAAACCUGGACGCUUAGCUGGUGUGGCAUUUCAAUUACAAGACGAGUUGCGUUGGUAUGAUCAAGGAAAGUGGUGAAGACAAAUUAAUUGGCUAAUGAAUAAUGUGCUUCAUCUAGGACCACAACUCCAUGGCAACCGAGCAUUGGAGGAAAAGAUGAUGAGUUGAUUCUUCCACUUGUCCACACAAACUACAAAAGGAAACAACUAUUAAUUACUCCACAAGCACAUAGAUUCUUAUCUAUAGUAGAUAUUAGGAAAAACCUAAGUCUCACCUAUCUUAUAUUAUUAAAAAGGAAAAUCUACCAUUUAUUUAUGUACUAAAUGCAAUAGUGUUUGAUGUAAGGAGGUGUGUUGGAAACCUAAGUCCAACAUAAAUUAGAGAUAAGAUAAUUAAAAAAAAAUAUAAGUAAAAGAUAAUUUUCACUUUACAAAUCGAUUUUAUAAUGUUGAGUUAGACCUAAACUCACUUUUUAUAUUGUUGAGUUAGGUCCAAAUCCCAUUUAUGAGAUUAGGAAGCUUGUUAUGCAAAAGAUGCCAAAAAAGAAAAGAGCUUGAUGGAGGGAUAAAUUUACACUAGAUUAGUUUCAUCCAUGCAAGUUGUUGCCUCCAUGGCUGAACAUGCAAGCACUUCUUUAAAGGAAAAAAGAACGGCUACAUUGGGAAUAAGAGCCACUAAAUUGAAUUGAGACUAGACAAAAUUCAAUUUUGUCGUAAGAACUGCAAUGCAAACUUGGAAACAUCUUCAUCAAUAAUAUCCCAAAAGCAAUGAUAAAAAUUCACACCAAAACCAUCUGGUCAUUGAAAUUAUCACCUCCCUCGCCUCAAUCAGAUCAUUGUGCCUGCAACUAUUGUCUGUCGUAUAUAACAAUGAAUAAAAUUGCAACAUAUGAGUUUUGAUGUCCUUUAAAUAGCUCAUUUGCUUCAUAGUAUGUCUAUGACCAGCUUUUGAAAAGUUGUAUUACAAUCCCCCAGCAAACUAGUUCAGCUUAGCCUUCUCCUUCCAAAAGGAUUGCUCAUAAGACAAAGCUUAACUCUUCUUCCAUUUUAGUCUCUUAUUGUCUUUGAUCAGUGCAUUUAGUCACUAAUUCUUUGAUUUUUGUAGUGAAUAUGGAAGUUGUUUAUGAAAAUUUUAAACUCGGGAACUAAUUUUGUAACUAUAGAAAUUGAUGUAGCAAUUAUUCUAUAAGCAACUUCUAUGAACAUUUUUUAAAAAAUGUAAGACGUGAAAUAUAUUACAAGACCCAUAAAAAUUUGCUUAAACAACUCCGCCAUAAUUACACUAUUAAAGA